AAAAAAAUAAGCAAUAAUUGAUGACCUCAGCUUCGACAAGCGAUCACAUGUACUGUCUAUUUCUUAUAGUGUUGACUCUUAUUUCGAUAAAAAUCAACCACAUUACUCUGUCCACGUUCUAUGAAGGAAGGGUUUCAGGAGACAUAAUAUUUACCCAGUCCGUUCUGAAAUAUGUUCUACAGCAUAUGGUAACUAAUGAUUUUUCAUCUCUUUGAAAAUAAGAGGAAUACUACACUAUGUAGUAUGCUGGUUGGGGUACCGCUUGGCAAGCGAUCCUGGUUCUACCCUGUUUCUAAUAUUUUGACACCAAAGACAGACACUGGACCUGCACGGAGGAGUACGAAGGAGAUGAAUAACUGCAUCGCAGUUGCUCAGGUGAUUCAUAUAUGGCAGAUAUCUGUCUGUUCGUUGGGUCGUUUUAUGUCGGUGGCGCCGCUCAUUUCACGCUUUCUUCUGCAUCCUACUGGCUGCGAGGAGAAGUCGCUGGUCCUCCGUUAAAUAUGGCCCCUAAUCGUCUGUUCCACGUGACGGAGUCGAGCGAGGAUUUUUCGCGCAUGCUGCGUUAUGUGUUGACGGAAUACAUGCAGCGAAGAGCAAAAGUAAUAAGGGGUGACUGAUACCUCGUUUUUGCGGAGGCUGACGGGAUUUUGAGAGCACCACGAGAUCUGGUAUUCUUCAGGGGAGUACUCCGUAGGUCUCAGUAAUCGUCUUGUACGGACGGACCGGAUACACUACCCAGUUUCUUUUUUAUCUCGCUUCAAAUCAUUUUUCUUUUUCCUUCGACUUCUUCAUUCUGAUCAAUUCAACUAUGGGGCAACGGGUGCUUGCAUUUGCAUAGUGUGAUGUGCUAUGGGGGUAGGAUAUAUCUCAAUGAUAAUACUGGCAAGACUGUGCAAAUCCACGACCCCUCGAUUUUUUCAAGGUCCAUACGGAAUAGCGUCAACCUUACUCCGUAUGUUUAACAAGACUUCUUUGAUGUCCAUUCCUCGCUGCUGGGACUUGUCGAAAGAGGUGGUAGAUUAUGAUAUGUCAGUUCCGGGGAAGCUGGCAUACGUAUCCGCCUUUCGUCUUCAAGCUAUUUUUUGAGUCUCUCGUGUUCUCCCAUGUUGUUUAUUUUGUCAUGUGUACGAGUGUUUGUGGAAUAAAAGUCUUGCAGGGUGAUAAAUUGGCAGCGGGCCUAGGGAGUGCCUCGCGACGAAGGAUAAAAAAUUCUGAUAUUCUACCACUGGCGUGCACACAAACCGAUACCCCUGACGCUUGAUAUCCAAUCGUUUGGUGCUAGGUCAGUGCAAUCUGACGGCGUGCACCGGGCUUUGACAGAUAUUACUCUGCGCAAUUCUGCAGGAUUGACUGGCUCAUUUCUUUUCUUUUUGGUGUGGAUAUAGCCAUGAUACACAGCCCGCCUUUGGGCCAUCCUCCUGGGUUUGGCCAGAGGAAGCGCAAAAGCCAUCAGUGAAAAACGAAUGAACGAGCCUUUUUGAAAAUAAGACCAUAGUUAUCGAGCCAGGCUUGCCGCCAUCGCCAACAUCAGCAGCAUCACCACA